AUGCAUCGAGGAGUGGCCGUGUCAGAUGUGCGAACGGAAGCAAUGAGAUGGCGGAAAAGAGACAGUUCGAGGGGUACGCGGGAUCAGGUUGCCGGCACGAUCGGGGUAUUUCUGCAGCGUAAGCAGCAUUGCCGCGCAGCCGGUUGGGGCCCUGAGCGACCGGCCGCCGGGCAUAAAGAGCAGCAUUGAAACCGUAUGGGAGACAAAGGCGGGCUGGGCACGGCACAACACCACAUACCGCCUCCAAAAACCCAGGGCGCUGCAACCGGUGGGCAGCAGCUUUCGGCCACCGCUACUCAGUUUGUUGAUAAGAUCGACCCGUUCUCGAAAAGAGGGGCAAGCAAGCGUCGAAGGCGAUUGGUGAAUAGCAGUAGAUAUCAUCCGGAUAAUGAGCCGGAACUCACGCAGCUACCGCUGAUCAAGGGUUCGCUUUUAAGAAUGUUAAUUUUUCUCACAUGA